GCCGGCUCGGUGGGAGCGGGCAGGAUGGCCGGCGUCGCCCUGUAUCUGGUCUCUACGCUGGGCGGCUACCUCCUCACCUCGGCACUGCUGCUCAAAUGCCCGGGACUGCUGCACCGGCCCAAGCGGCAGCGCUUCCGCUGCCGGCACAUCUCCCAUCGCGGCGGUGCUGGAGAGAACCUGGAAAACACAAUGGCAGCUUUUCGCCAUGCAGUUAAUGUGGGGACAGAUAUGUUGGAGCUAGACUGUCAUCUGACGAAAGACGAACAAGUAGUGGUAUCGCAUGACGAGAAUCUGAAGAGAGCAACUGGAGUUGAUGUCAGUAUAUCUGACCUCAAGUACUCGGAACUCCCACCAUAUUUCUGCAAAUUGGAUGUCACCUUUCAGAAAGAAUGCCACUGUGAGGGUGAAGACAAUCGCAUUCCACUGCUGAAGGAGGUGUUUGAGGCAUUUCCAAAUAUUCCAGUCAACAUUGACAUCAAAGUGAACAACAAUGUGCUGAUUAAAAAGGUUUCAGAGUUGGUGAGCCAGUACAAACGAGAACAUUUGACAGUGUGGGGCAAUGUCAAUUAUGAGAUUGUGGAGAAGUGUCAUAAAGAGAACGCUGAUAUUCCUAUCCUUUUCUGUUUGAAACGUGUCCUGCUUCUUGUUGGCUUGUUUUACACUGGUCUGCUGCCAUUCAUUCCCAUCAGGGAGGAAUUCUUAGAAAUUCCUAUGCCCUCAAUCAUCCUGAAGCUGAAAGAACCAGAGAAGACGACGAGAAGCCAAAAAUUUGUUAUCUGGCUUGCUGAUACAUUGUUAAUGAGGAAAGCGUUGUUUGAUCACCUCACUGCUCGAGGCAUUCAGGUGUAUAUUUGGGUACUGAAUGAAGAACAAGAAUAUAAGAGAGCAUUUGAUUUGGGAGCAACUGGAGUGAUGACAGACUAUCCAACAAAGCUCAAGGAGUUUUUACACAAUUAUUCAGCAUAAACGGGGGGGGGGGGGG